GCCGCCGGCUGCUGCCACUGCAAUCCCGGCUCCUAAAUCAGCGCGGGAGGCGCCCCCUCCCCCACCGGCUCCCCGGGCUCCCCGCGCCGCGAUUGGCCGCGCCUGCGCCCCCCGCCCCCGGGCCCCUGGUACCAGCAGGCGCGCCAUUGGCUGCGGGAGUCCGCCAGCCUUUACAUAAGCCGGGGCGCGCUCGAGCGGAGUUGUAUAAAGCGGGCGGGCGGGCGGCGUCGGGCUGGAGGCUCGAGGCCAGCCCGGGACCGCGGCCGCGAGCGGGGAGGCGGCGGCACAGGCGGCACUGCGCGCCCGCGCUCCGACGCCCCCAGGCGGUGGGGCUGAGAGCCGCAGGCUGGCCCGGCGCGCGGACCACGGCAUGUUCAGGAUGCUACUGUUCCUGGUGCUGCUGUGGUUUCUGCCCCCCAUGGAGGGGUCCCAGAGGUCUGAGCCUAUGUUCACGGCAGUCACCAACUCUGUCCUGCCCCCUGACUAUGACAGCAACCCCACCCAGCUCAACUAUGGCGUGGCAGUUACGGAUGUGGACCACGAUGGUGACUUUGAGAUCGUUGUAGCCGGGUACAACGGCCCCAACCUGGUUCUGAAGUAUGACCGUGCCCAAAAGCGGCUGAUGAACAUCGCUGUGGAUGAGCGCAGCUCGCCCUACUAUGCGCUGCGGGACCGGCAGGGCUACGCCAUCGGGGUCACAGCCUGUGACAUCGACGGGGAUGGUCGGGAGGAGAUCUACUUCCUCAACACCAAUAAUGCCUUUUCAGGAGUGGCCACCUACACCGACAAGCUCUUCAAAUUUCGCAAUAACCGUUGGGAAGACAUCCUGAGCGACGAGGUGAACGUGGCCCGUGGCGUGGCCAGCCUCUUUGCCGGGCGUUCGGUGGCCUGUGUGGACAGGACGGGCUCAGGUCUCUACUCCAUCUAUAUCGUCAAUUACGCCUAUGGGAACGUGGGCCCGGAUGCCCUCAUUGAAAUGGACCCUGAGGCCAGCGACCUCUCCCAGGGCAUCUUGGCGCUCAGAGAUGUGGCCGCCGAGGCUGGGGUCAGCAAGUACACAGGGGGUCGGGGUGUCAGCGUGGGCCCCAUCCUCAGCAGCAGUGCCUCGGACAUCUUCUGUGACAAUGAGAAUGGACCCAACUUCCUCUUUCACAACCGAGGUGAUGGUACCUUUGUGGACACCGCAGCCAGUGCUGGCGUGGACGACCCCCAUCAGCAUGGCCGAGGGGUGGCCCUGGCUGACUUCAACCGGGAUGGCAAAGUGGACAUUGUCUAUGGCAACUGGAAUGGCCCCCACCGUCUCUACCUGCAGAUGAGCACUCACGGGAAGGUCCGCUUCCGGGACAUCGCCUCGCCCAAGUUCUCCAUGCCCUCCCCUGUCCGCACAGUCAUCGCCGCUGACUUCGACAAUGACCAGGAGCUGGAGAUCUUCUUCAACAACUUUGCCCACCGCAGCCCCUCUGCUAACCGCCUCUUCCGCAUCAUCCGCAGGGAACACGGAGACCCCCUCAUUGAGGAGCUCAAUCCUGGGGAUGCUUUGGAGCCUGACGGCCGGGGCACAGGAGGUGUGGUGACAGACUUCGAUGGCGACGGCAUGCUGGACCUCAUCUUGUCACACGGAGAGUCCAUGGCUCAGCCUCUGUCUGUCUUCCGGGGAAACCAGGGCUUUAGCAACAACUGGCUGCGGGUGGUGCCUCGGACCCGGUUUGGGGCUUUCGCCAGAGGGGCCAAGGUCGUUCUAUACACCAAGAAGAGUGGGGCGCACCUGAGAAUCAUCGACGGGGGCUCGGGCUACCUGUGCGAGAUGGAGCCUGUGGCACACUUUGGCUUGGGGAAGGAUGAAGCCAGCAGCGUAGAGGUGACAUGGCCAGAUGGCAAGAUGGCAAGCCAGAGUGUGACCAGUGAGGAGAUGAACUCGGUGCUGGAGAUCCUUUACCCCCAGGAUGAGAGCACGCCUCAGCAACCAGUCCCUCUGGAGUGCGGCCAAGGAUUCUCACAGCAGGAAAAUGGCCAUUGCACAGACACCAAUGAAUGCAUCCAGUUCCCGUUUGUGUGCCCGAGAGACAAGCCCGUGUGUGUGAAUACAUAUGGGAGCUACAGGUGCCGGACCAACAAGAGGUGCAGUCGGGGCUAUGAGCCCAACGAGGAUGGCACAGCCUGUGUGGCUCAAGUGGCCUUUUUAGGUAGGUAUCCUUCUGCCGCCUUUAGAAUCUCCGAGCCUCUUUCUCGGGCCUUGUAUCUUUCUCUAGGCCUUGGACUUUGCCUUCAAUUAUAUGCACUUUAAAAUCCCAUCAAUAAAGAAAGAAAAAAAAAAGCCUAACUACCUUUGUGGAAAACUAAAUCUCUCCCACUGCCUGCCUCUCACCAUGCCCUGUAGUGCCAGCUGUCCACCCUCUCUGAGUGGACAGCAGGAGUGGCCGUGCUGGCACAGAGGUGUUUGGGGGACACUGGCUUUUAUGUGAACUUGGUUGCGUUUAAAGCCUCUCUUUGCGUGUUUUCUGAGAAAACAGAAAAGGAAAGUGUAUAUCAUGUACCCCCCAACCAUGCAGCCUCCCUUACUCCUGCAGAAGAAUCAAGAUAGCCCUGGCUCCUGCGUCCUGAUUGCUGUGUCCCCAGUGUCUGUCUUUGCCCUUCACAAAAAGUUCCCAGGCCGCUGAUUCCAUUGUGUGUCACAUGCCUGUGUGGUUUCUGCUCUGUACACCCUCACUUCUGGGGGUAGAGAAAGCCUUAUUGGGGUUGGCGGUGAUGAGGGGAGGGAGAGACGGUGGGUCUUUGGGACUCUUGCUAACAGUAUUAAAGCUUGAACUUGCUAA